GUUUUUGUCAUAAUUGACACGUUGUUUUUUUAGAAGAGUAAAUAAAUUAAGAAAGUCUUAAAUAUUAAUAAUUUAAUUAUGAUACAAUGGCUGGUCCUAUGGAAGAGAGUCAUUGGAUUAGUGAUCUUGAAAAUGCCUUAUUAGAGGAAUGUUCAGCAACAGACGUUUAUUGUAUUUGUAAGGGCAAAGCCCUACCAGAAAAUUUAAGAUCUGAUGUGUGGCAGAUAUGUUUAGAUGUGAGGGACAAAGGGAACCAGUUAGACCAUUUUAAUGAAGUAUUCGACCUGCCAAAUCAAACUGUACUUAGGGAAGACUGUGCGGCUUUUGUAGCAAAACUAGGAAACGAAGAGGAUGAUAGACUUUCCGUUAUUUCAGACUUAGAAUCAAUUAUAACGUUUUAUUGCAAAAGCAGAAAUAUUCAGUAUGUUAAGAAAAAUGGUUGGUUGGAGUUGUUGGCUCCUAUUUUAACUCUGAAAACACCAAAGUCUACAACUUAUAAUUUGUUCGAAGCAAUAAUAGAUACUUAUGUACCCCAAAGCAGUCAAACCGAUGCCCAUGCCUUUCAUGUUUUAAGAUUACUGUUACUUUAUCACGAUCCAGAAUUAUGUUCUUUCUUGGAUACAAAAAGAAUAACACCAGAACAGUAUUGUCUUUCAUGGUUUCAAUCUCUUUUUGCAGCCACAUGCAACUUAGAAGUGGUUAUCAAUAUGUGGGACUUCUAUUUCCAACAGUCAGAUCCAUUUUUCAUAUUUUUUCUAUCGCUUAUAAUGGUAGUUAAUGCAAGAGAUCAAAUAAUCUCUAUGAAUGAUGAAAACCGAGAUAAAAUAAUUGCUAGUCUUAAUAACAUGCCAUGUGGUCUUGAAGCUGAUGAUGUAUCUGAUUUUUGCACAUUAGCACAAUAUUACGCACUAAAAACCCCAGUUUCUUUUAGAAAUGAUCUUAUGCAGAGUAUUUACAGUGGAAAAGGUGAUAGUGUUGUGAUCGUUUCACAAGCUUUAUGUCUCCCAGUUACAGUACAUGAAUUAGUCGAAAAUACCACACAUGAAACAAUCAAUGUUGAUGCUGUUAGAUUCUUUCUAGUCGAUUGUAGACCUAUUGAACAUUACAAUGCUGGUCAUUUGCCUACUGCCUUCCACUUAGAUUGUAAUUUAAUGUUGUCAGAACCUAGUGCUUUUGCGACUGCUGUUCAAGGAUUACUUAGUGCACAAAGGCAGGCCUUACUACAUAAGUCACAUGCUGGAGGUGAACAUUUGUGUUUCCUGGGUUCUGGCAGAAACGAAGAAGACCAAUACACACAUAUGGUAGUUGCGUCGUUUCUUCAAAAGCAUACACAAUAUGUCUCGCUACUGAUGGGUGGCUAUAUAGCUGUACACAAUUAUUUCUCAGACAACGUCGACGAUUUUCUUCAAGAUCACAACCCCAAGAGCUGCAUCGUGUGUGCUCCUACAUACGCUUCAAAAAUGCUGCAGUCUAGUCAGAAACCAUCGCAGUCGAAUGAUCUCUUUGGUAAAAUUUCAGCAGCCAUGAAAUCAAAAUCUGCGGAGGUAAAAGGGAGGCUGAUAGAUUAUAUUGUUAACCCCAAUGGAAGUCCAGUGCCCGAGAGGCAUGUGUCUAGUACUGAUAAAAUAGGCAAGAGGUACAGGGAUGUUGCACCAGUGUUUAGUAUUGAUGAUGAUCACGAUAACGUAGCAAAUGAAUACGUUGGCCCUGAAGACAAACAAGAACUGGUGCAAAUUCAGGCCUACCUAAAACAAUCGGACGUCAUCGAACACUUCCCGUGCCAGGAAGUAAAACUGAAUGGAUUUAUGUAUAAGAGUCAUCUGAUUGUUACCAGAACCGAAUUAAUCGUACUAAGAGAAAUCCCGAAUAUUAAAGGUGCUGCAGAAGUCAUCGUAAAACGGCCUUUGUCGGCAAUAGUGAAAAUUACCGCUAGGAAACGCCAUCCCGAAUUAAUCACCUUCAAGUAUGGCGUACCGGAUGGUGAGAAUUUGAAAAUAUCGGACAUGGAUAGGUUUCUUAUACCAAACGCGGAUAAAGCAACGAAAGUAGUGUCUGAUCAAAUUCUUAAUCAAUUAAAAGCUAAAGAGUGACCUUUUUAGAAUAAGCAAAACUUCUUAAAUAUUUGUUAAUGUGCAUUAUGACUUAAAUAAUUUAAUAUAUUCUAAAGUAUUUUAACUGUGUU